AUGGCGGCGCCGCGACCUCUGCGGGUGCUGGGCCUGGCGGGCUUCCGGCAGAGCGAGCGGGGAUUCCGCGAGAAGACGGGAGCGCUGCGGAAGGCGCUGCGGGGCCGCGCCGAGCUCGUGUGCCUCAGCGGCCCGCACCCGGUCGCGGACGCAGCGGGCCCCGAGGGCGCCGGGCCCGACUCGGGGCCCUGCCCUCCGGAGGAGCAGACUCGAGGCUGGUGGUUUUCAGAACAGGAGGCAGACGUGUUCUCCGCACUGAAGGAGCCUACAGUGUGCAGAGGUCUGGAGGAAGCCCUGGGAACGGUGGCACAGGCACUCAGCCAGCUGGGACCUUUUGAUGGGCUCCUUGGUUUCAGCCAGGGGGCCGCGCUAGCGGCUGUUGUGUGCGCCCUUGGCCAAGCCGGCGAUCCCCGCUUCCCCUUGCCACGGUUUAUCAUCCUGGUAUCGGGUUUCUGUCCCCGGGGCCUUGGCCUCAAGGAAUCCAUCCUGUUGGGCCCCUUGUCACUACCUUCACUUCAUGUUUUCGGGGACACCGACCGUGUCAUCCCUUCUGAAGAAAGUGUGCAACUGGCUAGCCGAUUCACUGGAGCCAUCACUGUCACCCACUCUGGUGGCCACUUCAUUCCAGCAGCUGUGCCUCAGCGCCAGGCCUACCUCAAGUUCUUGGACCAGUUUGCAGAGUGA